AUGGACGUCCACGAUCUUUUCCGCCGGCUGGGCGCCGGGGCCAAGUUCGACGUGAGUCGCUUCUCGGCGGACGCGGCGCGUUUUCAGCUUGGAAAAAGGAAAUAUGACUUUAAUUCUUCAGAGAUGCUGCAGGGGCUGGACUUUUUUGGAAACAAGAAGUCUGUCCCAGGCGAGUGUGGAGUAUCUGGAACACACCAAGGGCUCCAAGAUGAAGAGAAAACGGAAGAAAGCCUUAAAAGGAGGAGGGAAAAGAAAAAGAGAAAGAUGAUGACUUCAGAAAUUACUUCUCCAGAAGAAGGAACUACAAUACAGUGGAUGUCAUCAGUGGAAGCCAAGUUUGAAGAUAAAAAAGUUAAAGAAGAAAAAAAGCUAACUUCGGGAAAGUUGGAACAUCUCAGAAAGGAAAAGAUAAAUAUCUUCCGGAAUAAACACAAAAUCCAUGUCCAAGGAACUGAUCUUCCUGACCCAAUUGCUACCUUUCAGCAGCUUGACCAAGAAUAUAAAAUCAGUUCUCGAUUGCUUCAGAAUAUUCUAGAUGCAGGUUUCCAGGUGCCCACGGCGAUCCAAAUGCAGGCCAUUCCGGUGAUGCUGCAUGGUCGGGAACUUCUGGCCUCUGCACCUACUGGAUCGGGAAAAACUUUGGCUUUUAGCAUUCCCAUUUUGAUGCAGCUGAAACAACCCACAAAUAAAGGCUUCCGGGCUCUGAUUAUUUCACCAACAAGAGAACUUGCCAGCCAGAUUCACCGAGAAUUAUUAAAAAUCUCUGAGGGAACGGGAUUCAGGAUACACAUGAUUCACAAAGCAGCAGUGGCCGCCAAAAAAUUUGGACCUAAAUCAUCUAAGAAGUUUGGUAAGGGACCUGUUCUUGUACAAGGGAUUUGGAAAUUGCAAUAUUCACAAGGUGUUUUGUUAUUUCUUAGUGUUGAGUGGCUCGUAGUGGACGAAUCAGACAAACUGUUUGAAGAUGGCAAAACUGGGUUCAGAGACCAGCUGGCUUCCAUUUUCCUGGCCUGCACAUCCCACAAGGUCAGAAGAGCUAUGUUCAGUGCAACUUUUGCAUAUGAUGUUGAACAAUGGUGCAAACUCAAUCUGGACAAUGUCAUUACUGUAUCCAUCGGAGCAAGGAAUUCUGCAGUAGAGACUGUAGAACAAGAACUCCUGUUUGUUGGGUCUGAGACUGGAAAACUUCUGGCCAUGAGGGAACUUGUUAAAAAGGGUUUCAAUCCACCUGUUCUUGUUUUUGUUCAGUCCAUUGAAAGGGCUAAAGAACUUUUCCACGAGCUCAUAUAUGAAGGUAUUAAUGUGGAUGUUAUUCAUGCAGAGAGGACGCAGCAACAGAGAGAUAACACCGUCCACAGCUUCAGAGCAGGAAAAAUCUGGGUUCUUAUUUGUACAGCCCUAUUGGCAAGAGGGAUUGAUUUUAAAGGUGUGAACUUGGUGAUCAAUUACGACUUUCCAACCAGCUCAGUGGAAUAUAUCCACAGGAUAGGUCGAACUGGAAGAGCAGGACAUAAAGGAAAAGCUGUUACUUUUUUCACUGAAGAUGAUAAACCAUUAUUAAGAAGUGUUGCCAAUGUUAUACAACAAGCUGGAUGUCCUGUGCCGGAGUACAUAAUGAGUUUUAAAAAACUACUAAGCAAACAAAAGAAAAAGAUGGUCAAGAAACCACUGGAGAGGGAGAGCAUUAGUACAACUCCAAAAUAUUUCUUAGAAAAAGCCAAGAGUAAACGGAAAAAAGCCUCUGGUCAAAACAGCAAGAAGAAAGUAGCUCUUGAAGACAAAAUUUAAAAACAGAAUUUAUAAUAGACUGUCCCCAAGAUACAAUUUUAUCAUCCCAGUGUGAAUGUUGUCAUCACAGAGUAAAGUCAUAAAAUCACAUGUAUCAAACAUUUGAAAUCAACUGCAAGUCCAUAGGAGUGGUGGAAAAUGAUUUCUGAUUCUACUAUCAAUGUGACAAGUCAAGUUUCAGUUUAUAGGUGACUUUUAAAUAAUUGUGCCAUGGAAAUAAGUCACUUGACUUUCUGGGGUUGAAUCCAAAGAAAUACUUCUUAUAGAAGACCAAAAGUGUGUUAUUAACACUCUAUGUGUUGAACUCUUAAGGAUCUUCCCCUUCAAUUAUGAAGGAAGGUGUGAAGUGCUAUGAAGAGGCAUCUGGAACAGAAUCUCAAAGGAUUGCAUUCAGCCUCCCUUUUUUCUGAUGCACAAUAAGCAACGAUUUGUCUGCCAAGAAAAAACCCACAGUUCUCUCUCUGUUCUAUUACUUGAUUUGUGAUGACUUUUUGUGGAAUGAGCCACAGCAGAGAGAUUCCUCAUCUGUGACUGGUUAUUCAAGUUCCAUGGGAUUUUUGAUUCUUCGGUCCAUUAAAUAGCCUUAAAAGCCACCUUGGUAAGGUAGAUCAUACUUUACCUAAUAUAAUGUUGCAAGUACAAGAUUAUGGUCAGCCUGUCAUUUUCCUACUUCAUUUUCCAUGAUUUAACCAAGCUCUUUCCUGUCUUUUUCCAUGCAAGAUCGUUUUGGUAGGAAACUGAUAAACAUUUUAUCAAGAUAAGAAGACUGUUCCUGUUACUUGAUGCCUCCGAGUUCAUUUUCUCAAAGCUUAUCUUUACUGAGGCUUUAUGGCCCUUCCCCAUGUAGUAAACAGAUCUCGGCCAGAGGCACGGAUUCUGAUUAUCCUGUGAUAGAAAAGAUCCACUGCUAGUAGAAAGGCUUUUGCUAUGGCUAAUUUUGUAUCGUGGAACAAGAACAUUAAUUUUAUACCUGUUCCAUACUUAAAGUGGUGCUUGACAUGUGUUUAACUACUAUCCUGCUAAAAUACAGUUUUC